CUUUCCGCCCCCCCCUACCCCUCCAUCUCCUCUGCUCUUUGAGCUGCGUCCUCCCUGCGUCAGACGGCUCCAUUCAUGAAAAGUGUGACGUGAGCAGGUCUUCAUUGUCCCGGUGACUAUGCCGCCCUCCCACUCACAGCCCAGGUGCUGCAGGAGUUAGAGGAAUGUCUGUCAUCUUCCAUCCUCUGCCUUCUCCUUCACUCCUGUUCUUUUCUUUUCUUUUUUUUCCUUUCUUCUGAAUCCCGACUGUCAGUUCGGUCUUCCUCUCGCCCGGCUUUUUCCCCCCUCCACACAUCCCUGCCUUAGCUGAGAGAGGACCAUGAAUCUGAGCCGUGUCUGCUGUGAUUUUCAGCAUUUAGACAAACCAGUGUGUUAGGACACGUCCCACUCAUCGUCACUGGGCAGCCCAUGCACGUGCACGACACCAUGGGCAGCUCCCCUGAGGUGCUCUCUUGGACUUCCUGUCCCAGUCUACUGGUGGGCAAGCUGAAGGAGGAGCUCAAACUCACUGUGGUUGGGGACAGCAUGAAGAAAUCCAGCUCGCCUAACUCCCAACCGCAGCCUCCUCAGGCCCCUCUAUCCAACUUACCUCCUCAGAUCAUCACAGACCUCGCUCCGCCGACACACCUGCCCGUUCCCCUGCUGCAGACGCCUGGCCAGGAUGAGGAGUCCAUGUUGGGAGGGACUAGUCCACCAAACGCAGCCCUGAGCGUGGACUCAACUCGGAGCGAAGGCGGACACUUUGACAACAGCGUGCUCCAGCUGCAGGAGCAGGACCACGAGGAAGCUGGGUCGCCGGCAUCCCAUGAGCACGUUGGAUGUGGCAGCGGCAUGGACGACCAUAUGGGAGAGGGGGACUGUCCAAUGGACCACAAUGGAGAGGACAAGCCGAACCUCCCGCAUCACCCUGAUGACAUCAAGCUGCACUUUCAAAGAGCCCCUCCUGGGUCGGGAGGCUUCUUAGAGGGGCUGUUUGGCUGCCUUCGGCCUGUGUGGAACAUUAUUGGGAAGACCUACUCUACUGAAUACAAGCUACAACAGCAAGACAUGUGGGAGGUUCCUUUCGAGGAGAUUUCAGAGCUGCAGUGGCUCGGCAGCGGAGCACAGGGUGCCGUCUUCCUGGGCAAGUUUCGCUCCGAGGAAGUGGCUAUCAAGAAGGUGCGAGAGCAGAAGGAGACGGACAUUAAACACCUGCGAAAGCUCAAGCAUCCCAAUAUCAUCAGCUUCAAGGGUGUGUGCACCCAGGCACCUUGUUACUGCAUUAUCAUGGAGUACUGUGCCCAGGGUCAGCUGUAUGAGGUGCUGAGAGCGGGGAGGAAAGUGACCCCAAGACUGCUGGUGGACUGGGCCACAGGCAUUGCCAGCGGCAUGAACUACCUACACCUGCACAAGAUCAUCCACAGAGACCUCAAGUCUCCUAAUGUUUUGGUGACCCACAACGACACUGUGAAAAUCUCAGACUUUGGCACGUCCAAAGAGCUCAGUGAUAAAAGUACAAAGAUGUCAUUUGCGGGGACGGUGGCCUGGAUGGCCCCAGAAGUGAUAAGAAAUGAGCCUGUGUCUGAAAAAGUAGACAUCUGGUCAUUUGGAGUUGUGUUAUGGGAGCUACUGACUGGAGAGAUUCCCUACAAAGAUGUGGACUCCUCCGCCAUUAUUUGGGGUGUCGGCAGCAACAGUCUCCACCUUCCCGUCCCCUCCACGUGCCCGGAUGGGUUUAAAAUCCUCAUGAAACAGACAUGGCAGGGAAAGCCCAGGAAUAGGCCGUCGUUUCGUCAGAUUCUCCUACAUCUCGACAUCGCCUCUGCAGAUGUUCUGGGAACUCCUCAGGAGACCUACUUUAAGUCUCAGGCAGAAUGGAGGGAGGAGGUGAAGAAGCAUUUUGAGAAGAUCAAAAGUGAAGGCACCUGCAUCCACAGGCUGGACGAGGAGCUGAUCCGACGCAGGAGGGAUGAACUCAGGCAUGCACUGGACAUCCGGGAGCACUACGAGAGGAAAUUGGAGAGAGCCAACAACCUCUACAUGGAGCUCAGUGCCAUCAUGCUGCAGCUGGAGGUCCGAGAAAAGGAACUGAUGAAUUCUGUGCAUCACCGUAGGAGAGAGCAGGCGGUGGAGAAGAAAUAUCCCGGCAGCUACAAGCGCCACUUAGUCCGACCGAUCGUUAGAUCCAACGCUGUGGAGAAGCUCAUCAAGAAGAAAGGAAGCAUUUCCCACAAACCUGGGAUGCCUCCCACCAAAAGGCCAGACCUGCUUCGCUCUGAUGGCAUCCCUAGCGUAGACCCUCUUCCGUCGCCCUCACCGCUGUCUGCUAGCCCGAAGGUCUCCACCCCUCCUGGCAAAGCCCGGUACCGAAGCAAGCCUCGUCACCGCCGCGCCAACAGCAAAGGAAGCCACAGUGAGUUCUCCGCUGUGCUGAAGCCCAUUGCUGGAGCACCAGAAGAAACCCAGUCUCUCCAGGAGCAAUUGAUCCACCAUCAUCACCACCACCACCACCACCACCCUCCUCAAACGGAGGGGAACUUUCUCCCCUUGAAAGGUCGCGAGGAGGCCGUUGUCAACUGUGCCAACAACCUGCGAUACUUCGGCCCCGCCGCCGCCCUCCGUAGCCCUCAAACUGACCACAUGCAGCGCCGUGUUUCUGGCUCCAGUCCUGACCUCAUUUCCACCGCUGUGGAUGCAGACACGCGACAGCGGACUUCAUCCACCGGCUCCAAACCUGCAUCAGGCGCUGGUGCUGGUUCUUUAUGUCCCUGCUGCCAGGCUCACCCCUUCCCCGGCUGCCUACACUGUCAGGAGACCCCUCCCCCAUCAAGCCACCCAGAGCUGCCGCACUACUCGCUGCUCAACACCCAAGAGGGCACCCAGUCUUCUCUGGGGGCGCACAACAAAGACACAGUCUCAGAUGGAGAGACCACAAAGAAGACGGAGACGCAGGAACAGGAUGCAUCCCAGAACGCGCACACACUGCCCUCUGCACUGCCCCGCACUCUCAGGCCACUCAGGAAGGGUGGUGAUGAGUCAUCCGAAGAAGAAGAAGGAGAGGUGGAUAGUGAAGUGGAGUUUCCAAGGAGACAGAGACCUCAUCGCUGUAUGAGCAGUUUCCAGUCCUAUUCUACUUUCAGCUCAGAGAACCUGUCGGUGUCUGACGGAGAGGAAGGAAACACCAGUGACCACUCGCACAGCGGACCCCUGGAGAGGCUGAGCGCCAGUCAGGAGGAACACCUGGACGAGCUGCUGUCCCACACGCCGGACAUCCCCAUCGACAUCUCCACCCAGUCAGACGGCCUCUCUGACAAGGAGUGUGCCGUCCGCAGGGUGAAGACGCAGAUCUCGUUGGGGAAGCUGUGCUCCGACGAACACAGCUACGAGAAUCCGCUACAGUUUGGGGACUCGGACUGCGAUUCGUCAGAAGCCGAGUGCUCCGAUGCCACUAUUAGAAACAACAAAGUCGGGGCUCCUUCCUCGUGGUGAACCUGCCUAAAGGGCUCAUCAUCUUCUUUGCCUGGAGGCCAUUAUGUCCCUCUCUGCUCUGCAGAAAAUACAGCAAUAAGAGGACAAACAUUGUAAACAAAGCUCCUUAUAGCAACGUCCUAUGUAAUCUCUCAUAUGACCCCCACCCCUCAUCUAGCACAGCAUUCAGGCAACCCAUUGCAGGGAUUCCCUUUUGAAUGAUAAUGUACAAUAGAUAGUUUAACGUUCAUAAUUUAUUUUUGUCUGAGUUCUGAAGGAAAAUUCAGGAGCUAUGAGACUUCUCUGAUCUGAACAGAGAGGAAAUAAACAGACAUUUUGAAUCCAAACAAGGGUUUACUUUGUGAUGGAGAGAGACCAGGACUGGAAGACGGUGCAGAUGAUGACGAUGAUGAUCAUGAUAAUGAUGAGAAGGGCUUAUCAAUCAGAGGAUGAUGGCUUUCAGUGGGGAGAUGCAUAACUGCAGUAGUUGGUCUCUCAGGUGACUGGCCCAGAAUGAAAGCGGCUUUCAACAUCUCACUGUCGUGGACAGACAUCUCCAAACAACAAGCAAUCGCUCAGCUCAUACUGGAGCCUGACCAACCUGCUUUAUCAUGAGUUUACAGUAUCAAGUCCCAGUACCCCACCUCCUCCGUUUCCACCCCGCCUCCCCACUGUGACUAAAGUGGGGAGCAUGGAGCUCAUGGAAAACAUUAUGAACACCAGCAUGAACAACCUGCCUCGCAACUGGAUUUUCUCCCUCCCUGAAACCACCGGGUGUGUCUGUUCUUCAGGAUCGCCCAACCCCCCGCCCUCACGUAGCUGUCGAAACAUGCUUAUGCAGCUCGCAAAAUGAAAACGCUGCCCCAAGACUGCAUGAAGCGGACAGAGCAUCAGAGAUAAAGACGUGGCCGAGAGCUAAAGAAAAAAAAAGAAAAGAGACUCUUCCUCUCUGACUCUGCUCGUCCUUCUCUUAAAGACAUGCCAACGUCAUCGUCAUCAGCAAUCAGAUGUCACAGGCAGAGUUACUGAGGGAGUUAUCUGUGUGUGAGAGUGUGAGUGAAUGUGAGUGUGACAACACAAAGCCCUUUCCUCUCCAUUAGACAUUACAAGUCUCAUCUCAGGAUCGUUCAAGGACUGUGAAACUGGACUGGACCAAUUAUAUGAAGGAAUGUGUUUUGUUUUUGGUUUUUUUUGGUUGUUUUUUUUUUUUUUUUUUUUUUGAGCGGCACAUAUUAAGGACCAUGCAGAAAUACUCGGAAAGGUCUUACAGAUAGCCUUGAUGUUCAACGUUUUAUUGCUGUAACAGACUUUAAUGUGAUGUGGAGACAAGGCAUCCAGGUGCAGUAUCCCAUUUCUUGAAAUCUUCAGGUUCGGCAUGUUCCACUGAUCAUUUUCUAGCAGGGUGGAUUAUGCCAAUGUCCAAAAUGGUGAUUAUUUGCGAAUUAUAACAGCAAUAACACGAGUGAGAAAGAAGUCGCUUGUUCAGGAUCUUGCAUGUCUAGCUGGCUAGACACGAGCACAGUGACUGGUAGCUAGCGGAGAGCAGCAGGUGUCAAAGAGCUGCUUAUAGAGGCUAUUUUUUUUAAGUCCAGAGUGGGAUUUUAGAAUUUCCUUUAAGGCACUUAACAUACUUAAAUAAACACUAAUCCAUUCACAUUCAAAGUGUGAAUCUUGUAGGCCAGAUUUUUUUUUUUUUUUCUUAAAAUACUUCCAUAUGUAGUCCCAAAUAGUUAAAGAGUUUCUUGGUUAAUCCUUUUUCACCAAACACAUGCAAAUACAGGUGCCUUUGAUCACAUGUUUAAUAAUUUAUCAGUUUAACUCUUUUCACCAUCAGCCCAGCUGCAGGGCCCUUUUAGAAGAGCUCUUUAAACGACCGUAAUUGUGUUACUGUUUGUGCCAGAGACACAAUUCAAAGGGUUUCAGAAAGAAGGGAUCACAAGCUUCACAGGGAUAUUUGUUGUAUCUCGAUACCACAAAGCAUUCACAAGGUACUGAUGGCUGAACACGGACAGUAAAACCAACUAAGCCGAGAUGUUACUAUGUGCACUCCUCAACUGAUUUCGCCUGAGAGAAAAUUCAAAUGGUUCCUGAAAGAUGAAAAUUAUUUUGUCAUGUGUUGUGAUAAGGGGUUAAGAAGCAUAUAGACCAAACUAAAAAUGUAUUAUUUAAAAAAUCUGAAAAAAUCUAGGCUUAUGGUUACCUAAUGUCCUCUGUCCUCCUCAGCACACACACCUACUUAAAUCUGGAUGGUUUAUUCAUUUAUGAUUCAAAAUCAAAAUAAAUGCUACACUUCUUCCUAAUAACUUGGAACAUUAGUGCACGUAGUAAAGUGCAAUCAAAGGUUUGAAAAAGCAAGAGCUCAAAUCUCCAUCCAUCCAGUUCCUUCUCUUUAUUCAAUUUAGAGUGAUUGGGAGGCUGGAGCCUCGCAUUUCACACCUACAGCUAGUUAGGAAUCCCCUGUUAACCGAACCUGAAGCCUGCGUACGCAGAGACAACACAGGGAGAACAUGCAAACUCCACAUGGGGCUCAAAUUUAGAAAAAUCAUAAGUUAAAUGCUUAUUUUAAUAUUUUGUCAAGAAUCUGUUCCUGGCGAUGACGUCGUUUUUGUUUGUGGGUUUAUAGUUGUGUCUUCAGCAGAUAAAAUGCAUGCAUGGUUGGUUUGAGGUCUUUCCCUGCAGCUUUCAGGCCAUCUCCGAUCUUUAGUGUGGCGCACAGUCUAAUCAGCUUUGCGGCUUUUAGCACAUACCACGGGUGGUUUCAGAAUUUUUGUGUAAUGGUGAGAUGUUUCGCACUUUAGAGUUACAUUUUUUUCCAAAGACUUCCAAUUCACACAAACAUGCACGUUUUAAACAUGCAUGUUUUAAAGUUAAAAAAAAAAAUAUGAGGAAAAAGCCUUAAAAGAAAAUGUUCUCUUUAAUGACAAGUUGUGUGACCGUCCACAGUCAGGAAGAUGAGAUGGUGAUGCACUUGGUAUGUUUUAGCAUAUAACAGCCAUACCUGUAAACUCCAUAUACAUGCAUGGAAAAUCUCACGAUUACAGAGCUAACCCUUCUCCUAAAAGCAAUCUUUAAACAUGUGAUCAGAGGGAAUCUUUAUUUUGUGUUUCUGUGAAAGGUGAUAAAAUGACUAACCCUGUGCUGCUAAACGGUAUGAUAAAGACUAGAUUCAAAACAUUUUGCUGCCAAGUAAAUAUGUGAAAUUAAAAGCGCUGAUGUUUUUUGUUUUGCGUUUCUUCGUCCAGCAGAAAGAGUUUUCUCUGAAUUUUUCUGAAGAUCGUUGUUAAAAUGCCCCGUUUUUGUGGCCAUGUCUUUGCUGCUUAGGAUGUUCAGGUUUUGUGCAAGAGCAAUAUAUGGGCAGCCACUAGAUGGCGACAGUUAGGCUUGUGUUAUGUAAAUAACCUGACUCAUCCCUUUUUCUGACUAACAUCAUUUAAUUCCUUUAAUUCCUGAUGGUUAUCCAGAGCAAUAUUACUUUUUACCUCUCUGGUUGUCGCUGAAAAGGGAUACUGCAUCUGUGAGAGAGCUCUCUUUUGUUUUGCUUUUAAUAAGCCCCAUUUCUGUCAUCAUCCUCACUGAUCUGAUCUUCAAGCUGACAAACAGCCAGCCAGUUUGAAUUUAACGAUAAUGAUGUCAAGCCGCCGGCUCGAGCGUGUGCGGACGGCUGAGAUUCUGCAUAUAAAGGAACAUAAGCCAGAGACAAGGCCACGGAGCACCGGGCUGCUCUCGGUUUUCAGCAACCUCAUCUCAGUGUUACUCCUGUACAUAAACAUCUGUAAAUGUCAUGUGAUCCAUUAUCGCCUCCCUCCCUCCCUCUCUCUCUUUGUCAUUGCACAGCUCUGGCAAAGCCUCGAGCUUGAUGACCAGCGGACUGGUUGAGCAGGGAACUCUUUAAGUCUGUCCCCACAUCAGUAUUGAACACUACAGGAGGGUGUGAGUCAUAAACCUGAGCAGCACAAGGUGAUUAUUAACGCCGAUGGACGGACUGCCUUUUGCUCCUCAGCUUCAGAAAGGCUUACACCUUCUGCCUUUCCUCGAACCUCCUCCUUCACUCUUGUUUACGUUCGUGUGAAAUAACCCAGCGUGUUGUAAUGACAGGGUAAUCCGAUCAAGCUGUUAAUAACAUUAUCUUUCUGGCGUAUAUCCUGUGAAGUAUGAUUGUUGUGCAGUUUUAAUUUAAUUUUGAUCUUUUUUUUUUCUUUGUAGCUGGCCUACAUGAUUGUUGAAUUUAAUUUAUUUUGGAUGACUGGUGAGGAGGAGUAGUGUUCUUUUUAAUUUCAGGCAGCUUCAGAAAUGUCACGAUCUACGACUUCUCUCCUGGAAAGUAUUAUUUCAAGGAAGCACAAUGAAUUGGUCAGGGAAGAGGACAGUAUUUGUGUGUGUGGUUGAACAAAAGCAUCAUCACGUUGACCCUGCAGGGGACCAUUCGUCAUUUAGCUUUGAUUUAGCAGACUUUACAUCAGUAAUUAUCUCAUUGUAGGUUGUUAGGAACCACUUUCAAACAUAAGUCAGUCAGUGGGCUGUCUCCGCAGUGUAAAUGAGGCGUAAAGCCUGGAGGGAUGCACGAUGCUGACCUCAGUACAUCUGCGGUGACCCCCACUUCCUCUCAUUCUUACUGGAAAAAAAAAACAACUUGCAUUCAAAUUUCUGUGAAAUCGUCUCUCUAACUGUGGACAUCCUGUUGCCUCGUCCUGUGUUAUCGGACUCAUGUUUCUUUGUUACUCUUGUUUCUAUCCUCUUUCCUGUUGAAAGGCAUUAUGAUCAACCAAUCCUGUCAAUUUCCUGUAUUAUCCAGUGUACAGUGCAACGAGUAACUGGGAGAAUUAAAUCAGCGCAAACAACUGCAUGGAAUAAAUGCUGUACUGUACCCAAA